UGAGGUUAGUUGUCAAAUGUCAUUUCCAUUGCUUUGUCAAAAUCUUAAAUCUCAUAAGCAAAUUAUUGCAUUGUUUAUUUGAGAAAGUGUGUUAAAAUUCAUUUAAGAUGGUUGAAAACAAUGAGAUUGAACUGUCGGAAGCGGAAGCAGAACAAUAUGACCGACAAAUACGCCUUUGGGGCUUAGAUUCACAGAAACGUUUACGCGCCUCCAAAGUUUUGAUAAUCGGUCUAUCCGGUCUCGGGGCCGAAACAGCGAAAAACGUAAUAUUAUCUGGAGUAAAAAGUGUUUGUCUGCAAGACAAUGAAGUUCUUAAAGAAAUCGACUUAUAUUCUCAGUUUUUGGCCCCUCCUGACAAAAUCGGCGAAAAUAGAGCGGAAGCUUCGCUUCAAAGGGCCAAGGCACUAAAUCCUAUGGUGGAUAUAACUACAGAAACGAAAGCUGUAGAUUCGCUUCCAGACAGCUUCUUUACGAGCUUUGACAUCGUUUGCGCUACCGGAUUAAAACAAGAACAAUUGGAGCGUAUCAACAACAUAUGCCGAGACAAAAACAAAAAGUUCCUUUGCGGCGAUGUUUGGGGUAUGUUCGGAUACAUGUUCGCUGACUUGGUCGACCAUCAGUAUUCAGAAGAGAUAGUACAGCACAGACCCGUGAAACGAGGUCCCGACGAUACUGAGAAGAGUGGAGCGGCGACUGUUAGUAUUACGGUAAAACGACGUGCGAUAUACGUGCCCCUACAGAAUGCGUUGUCCGCUGACUGGUCUAAACCUGAAUUACGAUCGAGAUUGCGACGCGGUGACCCUUCAUACUUUGUAAUGAAGGUUUUGCUUCGUUUUAGAGAUGAAUACAAUAGGAAUCCAGAUCCAGCCAAAAGAAAAGCGGACACAGAAGUACUUUUGCGUAUGAGAGAUGAAUUAGUGAAAGAGCUUUCAUUGCCGGUUGGAUUCAUCAGUGACGCAUUGUUGACUGAUGUAUUUGGAAUAUUAUCUGGAGCAGCCGCUGUGGUCGGUGGUGUGAUCGGUCAGGAAGUAGUUAAAGCAAUGAGUCAACGUGAACCACCACACAACAACAUGUUCUUCUUCAAUCCAGUAAAAUGUGUAGGUUUUGUAGAACUUUAUGGACAAUGAAGUGAGAUCUGCAUUAAACUUAAGACAUUUAUGAUUAUAAAAUUUAUUGAAAUACC